UUCCCUUAUUCUUUCCCAUCAUGCUCUGUGGAGUUGUGAGCGGAAGUGUUCACUUUUAUGUGCUUAUUCAAAACGUUAAACCAUGAAGCUUAAAAUUCAUUUUGCGAAUUGAUAUUUAUGAGCAUUUUAGCGUUGGUUGUGGAAAGUCAUCAUUAAUGGAGCACAAAGACAGAUGCUCUCAGGAGGAGGUGGAUGGAGACAGUUGUGGAUCCUCCACCGCGGGUUCGCUGGAGAUGGACCGCAACCCAUCGCCUCCACCCGAGGAAGAUGAGACUGAGGCCGGUGAGGAGGCGGACGCCAUCGGGGAGACAGUGUACAGCAAACACUGGCUCUUCAGCACUCUGACCCGCCUUAUUCAGAUGGUGACAGAUCAAGAAAGUGGGCCGAGUGAUUCUUCAGUGGAACUGACAGAUGAUCUGGAGGAGGACUUGUGUAAAGUUUGGGACAUGGCUAUGGAUAAGGAUGUGGCUGUUUUUCUUCAGGAGUUCAAAGCUCCAGACAUCUUGCUGGGUGUGAUUGCAAAGUCACAUAGCCCGCGGCUCACGGAAAUCUGUGUUGGAAUUCUGGGUAAUAUGGCCUGUUUCCAUGACACAUGUGUAUCCCUCAGCCAGAACUCCGACCUAUGCUCUGUGUUACUUCUGCUGCUCGGGGACAAUGAUCCACCUACGCUCUUGGAGACUUGCAGGCUCCUGCUAAUGUGUCUGUCUCAGCCUGAUGUCGCCCCUCUGUGGCUGGAGAGGAUACGGCAGCAGCCUGCGAUGUGCGGCAGUCUGUGUUUCAUCAUGAGCAGCUCCACCAACGUGGAUUUGCUGGUGAAGGUUGGGGAGCUGGUGGAUAAGCUCUUUGAUGAGGAUGAGGAGAUGAUGAAGAGUUGGGUGUCCACCCCAGCCAGCGACGGUGACCCAAACAAGGACACACAGCAGGAUGUCGCGUCCUCUCUGCUUGAGGCGGCCACACAGCUUAGGUCAGAAAGUCCAGAGGCGCUUGAAGUGUAUCUUCAUUCACUCCAGCUUCUGACUACAGUAGAAGAGGGCAUGCAGGCUCUGGUAUCAGAUGGAGCUUGUGGUCAUGCAGUGUGGAUGUUUGUGUGCAAGAUCGUAUGUGAGGAUUUAUGUCAAGCGGACGAUCCUCCUCUCAUCCUGCAGGAGCAGAAAGCCCUCCUGGCCCCAGCGCUCGCCUUACUGUCAGCAUUAUACGCCAGCCUGCAGACAGAUAUCAGUACAGAAUUAUUAGGAAGUCUUUUUCGCAUUCUGCAGUUCAAUGCUGAAUGGCGUCAGAGCCGAACAGCUGGAAACUCCAAAUCGGAAGAGAAUCAGAAAGAGGAAGAUGAACAGCUCAAAGCUUUAGUCGAAACCACAGCAGAGUUCCUCUCAGCCGUCCUUAUGCAACUGAAUAAGGAUCUGUUGUCAUCCAUAGUCAAGGAAGGAUGUUUGACAGAGAGAAGCUGUGUGUCUGCUGUUGGCACCCUCGUACCUCAACAUAUAACGGCGGUCCAGCACCUGGUUGUCUUGUUGUCAGAAGUGGAACCGAAACUGGCAGACAUUAUAAAGAAGGACUUUUCUAUUUCAUCCAAUGCGUCAAGCUGAAACAUCUAAAAGGAAACAUUCUUCAGCAAAGUUCCAGACCCAAAAGACUGGAGAUCAAUUCAUCUCCUUAUGAAAGGACUCGUCUUUUGUUUAGACACAACAAAAAAAUAAAACAGCUUUCGUUAUAGUUUAAAAUAUUUGUUUAAAUUGUGUAUAUCAUCGUUUUGUUUGUAUACACCAGCAUUUCUAUUUAGUAAACAAAACAUGUUUUGUAGAUUGUGUUUUGUAUGGAGUAAUUGUUUUUAUUUAAUUGUAUAUUUCCAAGUGCACAACAUAGUUCACGGAACAACUUAUUUUACGUUACUUAAUGUGUUAUGCUUCAAACUAAAAGAUUUCGCAUAUGAUAGCGAACAUGUGCUGAUGUUUUUUUACGCACACUUGGCUGCAUACAUUCGAGUGUUUACUGAUGUUCUCCAUCAGGUGUCCCUCAAAUGUGCGUGCCACGUCCGGGCUGUGAUCGCCUCCCUCAUUUGCUUUCCAAAUGGCCAUCAGAACGGGGAGAAAGGGUCUACUGCGCACUUCCCGCGUAUGUGACGCCAGCAGGAAUAUAGCAGCUCUUUAAUUAAGAGUUCGGAUUGAUAUGCAGAGCGCGAUGCAUUCUUAUGGAAAUGUGGCGUGUAGGAGGAGGACCUGAGAGAGACACGGCCAGACACUCAGCUGGGAUCUCGACCCGGACUGAAUGUAAAACGGACAGGGGCUAAUUUUAACCACAUUUGCGUGAUUUCAAGGCGCUGGCUUUCGUGGUUUUUGAGGGAAUCUUGGUUGGCCUGAAAUGGCCAGAUGCUCAGGUAUACAAGGACUUUUGAUUGACAUGUCUGUUUUUAGAUCUACCUGAGGCUGAUCUGACAGACUUACCCCAGGGUGAGGAAGCACUUGAAUUGGUUCGAUCCAGACCACUGCGUGUAUGAGUGAACACUCAACUAAUACGAGUUGAUGGAGGACUGGUUAAGACAGAAGCAGUGCUGUUUAUAGAAGUUAAAGCGUAAACAGAUGAUUGGCAGCUGUCAAACAUCUUCUCUGAUGUCCAGAACUCCUAAAUUGAUGGCGUGUAACAUGACCAAAAAAUGGCACAUCGCCCACUAACUAUAUGCUAGAUGUGUGCAACAGCCAGUAAAAAUCAUACAUUUGGGUUUAAAGACACACAAACCUCAAAUGUCUCGUAUUCAGUAACUGAGCCAUAUUUUU